GCUCGGCGCGCCCGGCCCUGGUCCAGAAUCUCCGAAACUGCCGUGCCCGUCUGCUCCUGCGGCGCGCACCACAAGCCGCGACGAUUCCCGGACCGGCUCUCUGCAGCCACGGAGUUCGGAGAUUCCUUCCCCACGGAGUACCAGGCGGCGAGGCGAAUCGCCUCCCGGCAGAGUCUGAGCCGCCCCCACGCCAAGCCGCGACGGCGCGCGCCACGGAAGCUCCUCGCCACCAAUGCAGGGGGCCAUCGCGCGCGCGGCGCUGUGCCCCAAUGCUCGCCGCGUCACGUUCGGCUGCCCGGCGGCACGCGUGCGACACGUACCGAGAGGCCUCUCCGGCGGCGGCGGCAAAUGGUGCGUCGCGGCUGCCGCGGGCGAGAGGGGGCGCGACGUCCCGGGGGUCGCGGACGCGCGCCCGGUGGCUGAAGGGAGGCACGCGGCGGGGGCGGGGCCUGGCGCGGUGGCGCCGCCCCGCGGCGCGCGGAGAGGGAGCGUGGCCGGCGCCGUGGCGUUGAUCGUCGGGACCAGCAUCGGGUCCGGCAUCCUCGCCGUGCCGCAGCGCACGGCGCCCGCGGUGAGUUUUUCCUGUUUCGCCACCCCCCAGCGCGACAUCACUGGUCACCCUGAUCCAUUUACCAUUUACCAUGGGCGGGCGCGGCACGCCGUCAACGCGGAGGCCCGCCGGAAUUCAUUUCCGCGAUCCGCUCCCGCAAGUUGCGGGCAGGUGCAAGGACGAACCCGCCGGGGAAAGAUGCUGCUGCCAGGACAAUGAUUUCCCCAAUUAUCACCGGCGCUGUCAGUACCAGGCUUCAUCCCGAGCGCGGCGUGCAUGGUCACGUGCUGGGCGUUCCUGGUGGCCGAGGCCCUCCUCAUCGCGGAGAUCAACGUCCACCUGCGACGGAGGCGGGACAAGGACGUUAGCCACGGCGGCGGCGGCGGCGGCGGGGACCUGGACCUGGACCUGGAGGUGAUCUCCGUGAAGAGCAUGGCGCAGGAGACGCUGGGCGCGUGGGGCGGGCACCUGGCCACCGCCGCCUACCUGUUCCUGUCCUACACGUCCAUGGUCGCCUACGCGUCCAAGUCCGGCGAGGUGCUGUCCCGCCUGGUCGCAGGCGUGCCCGAGCCCGUCUCCGGGGCCGCCUUCACCGCCGCGCUCGCGCUGCUCGUCGCCGGCGGCGGCACGGGCGUCACCGAUCGGGUGAACCAGCUGCUCACGUUCGCCAUGAUAGGUUUACUGCUGGCGAUUGAGGUGUCAGCAGUGGCGGUCGGCGGUGGCCUGAGCCUGCCAGCGAACGCCAACUGGGAGCAGGUCCCGGCGGCGCUGCCCGUGAUCAUCUUCACGCUGGUCUUCCACGACAUGGCACCAGUGAUCUGCGCGUACCUGGAAGGGGAUCUCGCGAGGAUCCGGCUGUCCAUACUGCUCGGCAGCCUCGUGCCGCUGGUGUCCCUGCUCGUGUGGGACGACAUCGCGCUCGGCCUCGCCACUGACCUCACCCGCGGCCUUGACAUUCUGGACAUGUUAAAGACAGAUUGGAGCUAUACGGUGGUGGAGACUUUCUCGCUCCUCGCCGUGGGGACGUCGCUCAUCGGAACGCUGCUUGGGGCUUCCCAGUUCUUCAUCGAGCAGCUGACCAAUGUGGCCUCUUCAUCAUCAGCCCGAGAGCAUGUAAAUGUAAAGGAAAAGAUCAACAAAGGCAUUGGUGUAUUUCCUAAGGAAGAUGGAUCCGGGCAUCCUGGUGUGGCAGCAAUUCUGGAGAAGAACAGGCUCAGCUACAUCGCUACCGGGAUUGUGGUUGUCCCGACCAUGGUCAUCGCAGCUACCGUCCCGGAUUCAUUCUCCAUAGCUACCGACAUCGCAGGCGGAUACUGCAUGACCAUCCUGUAUGGUGUUCUCCCUCCACUGAUGGCCUGGGCUAUCGGCUCCAAACUGUCCGGCACGAGCACCGGACUCGCAGACGAAGAGCUUCCGAAAGAGAGAGACAGGAGGGGGGAAAUGGAAUGGGACAUGACCAGCGCAAGUGCAAAGCCUGUUCUGGUAGGGAUGGGGGUGUUCUCUGUCCUCAUGGUGCUUGAGCAAAUGUUUCAGGACUUCCUUAGUUUCAACGCGUCUGUAGCUUCGUAAUUAGAUCAGGAAGCAUAGUUUGCGCCGCCAAUGUUGAUCUCGCGUUAACUACCGGUUGAUGCUAGACUGUUAGGCGGGCCAUGUAAAUAGCAGAAGUAUGCAAUACAUGAUGUGUUUGGGGUGUAGUACUGCCAGUUUGGCCUGUGUUCUUUACCUUUGAGCCAAUUGCGCUGCACUUGCGAACCGUGAUCU